UAUUCUUUCAGAGAAGAGAACAUGUCUGAAACCAUAAAUGAAAAGCUGGAAAAUUACCGAACGGCUCCGUUUGACAGCCGGUUCCCCAAUCAAAACGAAACCCAGAACUGCUGGCAGAAUUAUCUUGAUUUCCACCGCUGUGAGAAAGCCAUGAAUGCCAAGGGAGGAGACCCUUAUGUCUGUCAGUGGUACAAAAGAGUGUACACGUCCCUUUGCCCCGUUUCUUGGGUCACUAGCUGGGAUGAGCGCAUAGAAGAGGGGACUUUUCCUGGCAAGAUCUGAUUGUCUUGCCCCUGCCAGUUGCUCCCUUUCUCAUGACACUGCUGUGCUGCUGAGGUCCCCCCACCGAAAUGCGGUGACUGAAGGAUAGUCUGAAAUAACGCUUUUUCUUGGUCAUGCUGACUUGCGCGUCCAACAUCAUGUGACAGUGCAAAUUCUAAUAAAAGGCAUAAAAACCUGUGGCCAUGGUUUGUGUUAA